UGUCUUUAUUUGAGCUUUUGCACUUGACCCAGCAUUUGGUGUCUCCCAGCGCAUCCUCAGCACAAUGUACAUUAACACGGCAGAGCUGUUCUCCUUUAAUACCCGAGUCUCUAACGAGCUGCUUCACCUCUCUGGCCUCCAAGCUGGGGCCAAAGGCAGAAAUCGAGCUGCCUUGCAUUUAUCUAAAGAACAGACGCUGCUUUCCAGAGCAGUUCCUUUCUGCAUCGCGUUCCGAUGUUCCCACAGGAUUUCUCUCCUGGGGAUUUAUUUCCCUGAUUCAUUUUAUUUCUGUGCAAAUUCAUCCUACAGAAACGAUGGAUGGAGACAACCUGACGGUUUUGUCCGGCUUCAUCCUCUUGGGUUUCUCUGAUGCCCCAGAACUACAAACCACCAUCUUCACCAUUUCCUUAUCCCUCUAUGUUUUAAUGGCGCUGGGGAACCUGGUGAUGAUCCUGCUCAUCAACACCGACCCCCAGCUCCACACCCCCAUGUAUUUCUUCCUGAUCCACUUGUCUUUCAUAGAUUUCUGCCUCUCCUCCACUGUCAUCCCAAAGGCGCUGGAGACGUUCCUGCUGGGGAGGAGCCACAUCUCUCUUUUGGGUUGCUUUGCACAGAUCUAUUUUUUCUCUGCUCUGGUCAUCUGUGAGUGCUCCCUGCUGGGGCUGAUGGCUUUUGACCGAUACGUGGCUGUUUGCAAGCCGCUGCUUUACACCACCAUCAUGUCCAGGGUGCAUUGCUACAGCUUGAUGGUGCUGGUGUACACCACGGGCUUCCUCUCCUCCCUGGUGCACACCAUCCUGGUGGGGCGGUUGUCCUUCUGCCAGGAGAGGAGCAUCAACCACUUCUUCUGCGAGCUGCCCACUGUCCUGCAGCUCUCCUGCUCCAAUGCCCACACAAACGAGAUCUUGCAGGUUUCUGAUGCCGUUCUCACCAACAUGGGUUCUAUCCUGAUGAUCCUGGUUUCUUACACCUACAUUAUCCGCACCAUCCUGCAGAUAGCUUCAGGCAGGAGCAGGCUGAAAGGUUUCUCCACCUGUACCUCCCACCUGGUUGCCAUCACCAUCUUCUAUGCCCCGGUUAUGCUCACCUACUUCCAGCCUCGCAAGGCGUGCUCGCGGGACCAGGCAAAAGUGGUUUCAGCCUGUUAUGCCCUCCUGACCCCCACCCUCAACCCUCUCAUCUACAGCCUGAGGAACACAGAGGUGAAGGGGGCCCUGAGGAGGCUGUGGGUGCGAAAGCUGGUGCCGCGACUCUCCAGGCUGCGAAAAUGCAGCUGA